CUAUUAUGCUAGGCGCUCUUUAUGCUAUAUUUAUACUUUAAAUAUAUUGGCCCCUAGCCACUUGCAUCUUUCUCGGAUACUCGAAGAUUCCCGCCUCUAAGCGAUGCUCUCUCCGGAGAAUGCUUACCGCCUCCGAGCGACACUCCCUCUCGGGAGUGUUUUUCGCCUUUGAGCGAUGCUCCCUUUGGGGAAUGCUUGUCGCCUCCGAGCGAUACACCCUCUGGGGAACGACUCACGCCUUCCGCCUCUUGGCAAGGCUCGAAAACCUCCUCCGAUCAAUGCUCCCUAGGAGCAACGCGCUUCCCAGGAAGUCAAGGAGCGACGCGCUUCUCAGGAAGCCGAGGGAGUAUUGCACUUCCCAAGAAGUGAAGGAGCAAUGCGCUUCCCAGGAAGCCGAAGGAGCAAGGCGCUUCCCAGGAAGCCGAGGAGCGAUGCGCUUGUCAGGAAGCCAAGGGAGCAACGCGCUUCCCAGAAAGCCGAGGAGCGACGCGCUUCCCAAGAAGCCGGGAGAGAUGCGCUUCCCAGGAAGAGAAGGAGCGAUGCUCUUUCUAGGAAGUCGAAGGUGCGAGGUGCUUCCAAGGAAGCCGAGGAGCGAUGCGCUUCUUAGGAAGCCGAGAGAGCAAUGCGCUUCCAGGAAGCCGAGGAGCAAUGCACUUCCCAGGAAGUCGAGGAGCGACGCACUUCCCAGGAAGCGAAGAAGCGAUGCGCUUCUAAGGAAGCCGAGGGAGCAAGUGCUUCCUAAGAAGCGAAGUAGCGAUGCGCUUCCCAGGAAGCCAAAGGCGCGAGGCGCUUCCCAGGAUGAUGAGGAGCGAUGCACUUCUCAGUAAGCGGAGGGAGCAAUGCGCUUCCCAAGAAGCGAAGGAGCGAUGCGUUUCGAGGAGGCCGAAGGAGCGAUGUGCUUCCCAAGAAGCGAAGGAGCAAUGAACUUCCCAGGAAGCGAAGGAGCAAUGCGCAUCCCAAAAAGCUGAAGGACUAAUGCGCUUCCUUGGGAACGAAGGAGUAAUGCGCUCGUCCGGAAGUGAAAGGAGAAGCGCACCCCGGGAAGCCGAAGAAGCACUAAGCUUUCCAGAAAGACUAAUGCGCUUCUCAAAAGGUGAAGUUCUAAGCUUCCUAGAAGAGAACAAUUGAUAUUACCUCACACGAGUAAGACAUUAACAAGAUACAUGACUUCCUAACAACAUGGACGCGACAUUGGUAAGACACGAAACAAGAGUAGUUCGAGUUAAAACUCUCAAGCCGUGGGGACCACCCUUCCUAGGUCGCAAUUAUGGUCUACUAGCGCUAACAACAAUGGACUAGCGAAGGAACUCUUAACGACUUGAGAGCUUUGGUUCAAGACAUCGAAAGCCAAGCAAGGGGCAAAGGAAAUGAUCACGCAACUCUCACAAUGGGCAAACUGCAUCGUCCGGAUUCGUAAGUAAGGCAAAUUAAUACACGAUUAACGCAUUA